CGUCUGAGAUGGCGGCCCGCCGGCUGCUGCUGGGCGCGGCCGCGCUGGCCUUGGCGCGCCUGGCGCUCGGGCUCGGCGUCCGGGAGGCCGCCCGGGGCGCGGGGCCGCCUGGCGGGCCCGCCGCACAAUGGGGCGCCGGCGAGGCAGCCCUGAGCGUCGAAGAUGGCACGGCCAGCGGCAGGGAUCCGGACUCGUGGUACUGGGACGCGUGGAGCCUCGAGAAUGCCAGCCUGAGCCCCGAGGACCGGGCUGUAACGGAGGACGACUUCGAUACAUGGUACUUCGAGCAUGCGGGACUUUCGGCACGUGACGCCUCGGCAAGUGGCACCCAGCAGCGGUUCGUCGAUGCCGGCCCCGACAAGCACAAAGCUGACGCAGAACAGCUGCUCGCCUUCGAGCAGGCGAAGCAGACGUGCCAAGCCCAGGUAGUUGUUUUUCUUGUGUCGCCGCACCUUUUGACCUGA